UAAAUCUUAAAGAUUCUACCAGUAGAGAUUUAGAAAGACACAGGGUGGCAUUUAUGAUCUGUUUUUAUUUUGUCGGGUAGCUACAUAUGGGAGGGGAGGGGAGUGGUUAUGCCAGCCAUGUCUAGAUUGGCUUUUCCGAGCUGAUUUUUCUGCCCACAGCUGGUCUGCUGAAUGUUGGGAAUGCCGGACUGCAAGCACCUCUGUAGUUUAGCCAACCAAUGCUAGUUCAAGACGUGUCUCUAUGUCUCUCAGCUUCUUUACUUUAGUAACAGCUGACUGUGAAAGUGUCUGGCGCUGUAGGGAGAGAUGCCGUUCCCACAGAGAAGUAUCACUCUCCCUUUCAACAUUGGUGAUACUGUCCUGAUUUAAGCAUGUGUCAGUAAAUGCAGCUUGUGUGUUUUAACACGCAGAGGCCUAAUUGUUCUGACCGCAAAACUUUGGCAAAAUCUCAGUUUCCAGUGAAAGUUUGUCUACCUAAACCUUUCCGCCUACACACUCCAUAAAGUUUUAUAAAAUUUUUUAUAGUACUGGACGUAUAAGUCUUUGGAUUAAACCUGCCUGUAAUUGUUUUUUACACACACUUAUAUUUAUAUAUUCAAUAAGGAAUUAAAUUGGUGACUACUUUAUAAGCCUUAAAUACUAUGGUUGUAAAAGAAAAGGGUUAUUAAACAUCAUUUGCCAAAAGUUAUGAAAAAUUGUGCGUAUGCCUAAACAUUAUUUAACUUGCUUAUCCAGAAACCCUGUUGGAUUCUCUUUCAGCAGUUCGCCAACAAAGGUCUUAUUUGUUUCUUUAUUCCUGUGUCGCUCUGAGAUGCAGUUUCGCUUUCUGAAUUUUAAAGCCUUUAUUCUUUUCAUCCUCAGGAACCUAGUGGCAAAUUCCACAGUAGUUUUUGCUACAACAGAUGCUUUUUACUUUCCAUUGAGACCAGAUAGGUACAUAGGACCAGUUUCUAGGUCAUUCCCCAGCAUGGAAAUGAAACCACAAGCUCUGGCCAUUACAAAGAUGCACAUUUAAACAAUAGAUGUAAUCUAAAGGUCAGAAUGGUGUUUUACAUACUCAGAGAAAGCUUCUGUAGUAACGCAGUCAAUAUUGUGCCCAUACAGUGUUAUGUAAUGUGUUUAUAUUGUUAGUGAAGCUUGACAGUCAUUAUAAAGUUUGUAGUUGGGGAAGCGUUUUAAUAACUGUGGUGUUUUUAUUGUACUGGUAGCAGGCAAGAAGCAGAUGUCCUACGCUUUUUGUAGUACCAGCAGACUGGAUAGCACUCUCCAUUGACUUGGGGAAUACUUGGUGGCUUAGGGAGGGGACAAUAUCUAUAGGAUGUAUUGAUAAUUUCAUAAGAGUUCUGCAUGUUAGGAGGGUACUAUUUAUUGACAAAGAGUAACUUGCAUGAGAAGGAUACAGUGUUGACAACUUUUUCACCAGCUGUUGCCUUGUUUUUCCGGGGCUAAAAGAGAAUGUAUUAUUUUUAAAAUGGUUUAGAGUUAAUAUUGCUCAGUUCCACAAGCUUUGCACUGGAGUAAAAAAAAUAAUAAGUCUUUAACCAUCUGAACAUUCAAUUUAUUAACCUGCAUUGCAUAUUUUAUUUAAAUCUUUUAUAGAAUUUUGUUUGGCUUGUUGGUUUUGAAAUGCACAUUUAACAUCUAUUGAAAACAGCACUGUAGUGACGUUAUUUAGUUAGUGUGAAUUUGGUACAUGUUCAGUGCUUGUCAGAAAGAUUCGAUUCCUCAUCCUGGCAAUUCUCACUACUAACACUUGUGGGAAGAGGUGGGGUAGGUACAGUUGUAGGUUCACCUUACUAGUAAAUGCACAGUUGGUGGUUAAUUAGAAAUUAUGAUUUACUUUCCCAUAUACAAAGAUACAAAACAAUCCUUAAUUGUCCCCAACUGAGGAUACAUUCUCAGUGACAGAGAUAUAGUAGAGGCAAGCAUGUGUGUGUCAGACUUGCAUUUUUACUGUAAGUAUUUACUGCUAGUGAAUUGCAUGUCCGAUUGUGUUUUUUAAAAUAAUGUUUUUUUUUUUUUUAACAGGAUCAGAAUGAGUAGGGUGUAAAUGGAGGAAACUGUCUGCCCAGAUGUGUCUCUUUUCACAUGUGCAAACGAUGUUGAUCAACAUGGUGGUCUACUUUUUCAUGAUGCUAAUAGUUCUAAUUUUGUAUUUACAGUACGACCGUGGCGGGGGACCUUUGUUGCUAACAGUCUUGCUGCUCGUGAGUAAUAAUGGUAUGAGUGGGCAUCAGUAGAGAAUAAUCCACCGGAUGUCAUGCUAAAACAGAAAGACCAGAAGGAUGCAGAAUUGGACAAGAAGAUUGUGGCAUUAAGAAAAAAGAACGAGGCCUUAAUGAAGAGAUAUCAAGAAGUAGAAGAGGACAAAAAGAGGGCAGAACAGGAGGGAAUGUCUUACACCCCUCGAAAAGAUAAAGCAGAGGACCUGACAAUAACUAUUAAAAAGUCUCCCCAUGAGACCCGAGUUGUGAAGAAGAAGCAGGGGACAGGGUGUCCUCCCAGUCCGAGAGGUGUGAGUGAGCUUGAGGAUGCUGAUGUUAAAGACCUUUUGACUCUGGGCAGAGGGAAGAGGAUGCAGCUGCUGGUGACAAUGGCGAACAAGACAAAGGGUAAAAGAAUCGUAAGUGAGAAACAAGGCCUAAACUGUCCUUCCAGCCCAGGGGGUCUAAAAGAUUUCAACAACGAAGAGGAACACAGACUGUCUGUCGGUAGAGGAAAGCAAAUCCAGCUCACAAAGACACCGAACCACAGAGCAAAGAAGGAAGAGGGAACAAAAAACCUGAAUGAUGAAUCUGAAUGGCUUGCACAGUGUCACCUUUAUUAUAAGCAUGGCAGAGCUGAGAAGGGUCCAGGAUGGGGAUUCUCAGACAACCUACAGCAACCUGAAGUGGAAAGUGAUCAGAAAAACCGCGGGAGAGGGAAUGCCCGCAAAAGUGGAGGUUCCAACAUUGACAAUAUUGCACAGGAAUUCCAGAAACUGAACCUGGACAGUGAGCAACAGGAUGCAAGGUGGCAUGAACCUAAGAGCCCUGCAGACCUGUCCGUACCCACGUCCAGGCAAGAACAAGAGGAGUACAGUCGCUGGAAAAAAGAGCGAGAACAGAUCGACAGAGAACGUGUGGCACGCCACAAGAAUACCAAGGGUGAAUGGAAACGUGCCUGGGAUGUAGAUAAAGCAGAAAAUAUGUAUGGAGAACAAUUUCUUGAGGAGGUUGACCCUAGAGUGGGAAGAAAUGCAAGCAAGUUUAGAGCAAGAUUUCCCAACCGUGAAGCAAGAUGUGGCAUGCAGCGAAGUGGAGGGAAGGGUUGGAGAGUUGUGCCGACAGUAAGCAGCAAAGCCAAGGGAAAGGACCGGCUGACAGGCAGGGCAAAGAGGUGGGAUUCAAAAGAGAAAGAGGAACAUUUGCAGGCUAUUGAAAAGUUUUCUAAAGACUUCAAGGGAGAGGAAGACCCGGAGACUUGGGGAGAUCCAGAAGUAGAUGAAAUUCUGCAAGGGUGGCAGCUGAACAGAGACUGUAAGGAGAAUGAAUUGUUCCAUGAGAAAACUACAGGCCUUUCCAAUGGUAAAACUCAUAAAGAACAAUUGGUACAAGGAAUACCAAAACCUAAAAAUGUUUUUAGUGAAAACCUACCGGAGUUAGCUUUUGAUAUGGAGGACAGCAACACCGUCCUCAAAGAGGAAGCCAAGGCAAAUGGACGUAUGAUGGAUGGUGACGCUAUACUACAAACAAGAAGGGGAAAUGUUGGCAGUUCACCUUCUGAAACUUAUAUGCUGGGUGGUGGCUCAACCCAGAAGACACAUGGCAAAGCUUCUGUAGACACUGGGAUUGUGAAGAUAAUGGAGAACGAUUUAAAUAUUAGAAGUGAAUCCUUAACGGAAGCUCAAGAACAUCUAAGCCCACAAAGCUUGCAUGACUGUAAGAUUCAGGAAAAUGAUGUCUCGAGUGCUGUGCAAGGUGCUGACUUGACUAGUAGCAGAAAGUUGAAUGAGGAGACAGGAGAAGCUCCUGUGCUCACCGGAACCGCAGAAACUGAAAAAGCAACGCAGAGUUAUGAAUUUGGAGUAGAAGUUCCAGAUGAACCAGGAAGGGAUUGUACUAGUGAUGAUUCACACUUUCACUUGUUUAAGGAUGAGAAACCAGACGCUAAUAAGAAGAAUAAUCCAAGAAGUGUGGAAGGCAGUAUUGAGUCCAGUGUUUUCAUGAUGGGUUCUGACUCUGGAGCUCCACUUACAGCCCCUGAGGCUAGCAGUGUCAAGGCAGAAGAACUUGGGAAAGUCUUAAGUGAAGACAUUGAAACUACUGUUCUUUAAUUUGCCUUUUGGUGAAAGGAAAAAAAAUGUUAAACACAACACAAGUGAAACCAAAAAAAGAGAGAAAUGUAUAUGGUUUAAGAAAAAAAAAAAGUUAAGUUUUGUUUCUGUUUUGGGGGCUUUUUGGUUUGGCUAAAAGCACUUUAUAUUGUAUUAUUUAGAACCGUUUAGAAUAUUGCAUAGCGUACACAAGCUAGGAAAAAGUCAUUGGGCAAAGGCAAUGGCAAAUUUCCAGACAGCAAUAAAAUAACUUUAAUGGUAAUCUAGAACAAAUUAAUGUAUAUCUUCCUUUCUACACCUAGGUUGUUACAAUUACAGUGGUAUUUGUUCCUCAGAAAAUGUGUCCUUCAAAUAGGGCGCAUUGUUUCUGUCUUAGGGUGAACGUUUUACUCUUUUGCUGAAAGAGCUAUUAAAUGCAACAUAAUCAACGCCAGUUCUGGUGACAGUAUAACAUCCCUUAUUCAUACAACAUUAUUUUUAAUGCACAGCAUUCUGGUUGGCACUGCUACAAAUGUAUUUCUUUUUUAUAUAUAUAUAUAUUUUAAAUUGUACAAAAGUGGGAAUUUUGACUCAAUGUGGAAUAUUAAGGGAUACUUUUUUUUUUUUAAUUGAAACUGCAUCUUGUUUUAGUGCUGCCUCUUUAUAUCAACACUGUGAAACUGUAGUUGAGUAUUUUGUGUUCCACCUUAUAGAAGUAAUUGCUAGUGUGGCAUUAUGGGUUUAUUAGGUAUCAUUAUUACCUCUUAUAAUGAGGGAGCACUGUUUAUUAUCAAGUUCAUUCACACUUUAUAAUAAGGCAAAUUCAUAUGAUUAAUUAAAAUACCAGGACAAUGGGUUGAGUAUAAUUAAUGAAUUAAUUUUUUUGGCUGUAAAUACCUAAUGAAUUCCAGUGGAAUGUCACAGUAGUAUCACUUAUUCUGUUGGAAUUCAUGUUGAUUUGCAAAUGCUAGUUUAAAAGCAUUACUAUUACUUAAUUUUUCUCCAGUGGCAUUGCAGUAAUGUAGGACUGUUUCAGUCUCAGAACUCUGCAUUUUACACAGCCUUUUAAACAGAUAUAUCUAACAGUAUCUGAUUCUUCUGGUUUUGAGUGAAACGUAUGAUGUCAAGGGUACAGUAACUAUUAGAUUUAUUCAACCUUACCCUGCUGGGAUAAGCCACAGAUUGAUUAUUUUAGAGCAUUUAACAGCAUGGGUAAUCUGUCUGGCAUAACCCAGGUUUACCACUAAAAAUAAGUGGUUGAUGGAAUCCAGGGUGAUUCUGAAAUGUUGUAAAAUAUUUUAUAGGUGGAUCAAAUCACCCCUUGAGUCACAUGCAAACAUUUUGGAUUGUAACACCAAUGAAGGCAUUAACCAAAACAUCUGUAAAAACUGAAGGGCCGUUUUAGUUAGCAAGCAGGAAAUACACACACACACACACACACGCACGCAUACGUUUUUGAAUUUAUGACAUCAACAUGGAUUUAGUUUAUCUCCACUUUAAAAUGAGCUCAUUUUGAGAUUACUAAUUGUAACAUUUGCCUAGAGUAAAAUAAAUAUUUUUUUUGUCUGUU